AUGGGCGCCUUUGAUAAUGACUUUGGUCCAAUUAAGCGAUGUACUACCUCUGCGCAUCCCAGCAACAUCAUCAAGAGCGGUUUGGAAGAACAGGACCAGAAUCAUAAGCUGAAGAAGAUAAAAUUAAUAACCAAAGAGAUGCAUGCUUCCCAACAGGAAGAAGACGAACUAACAUCCGCACAGAAAUCUAUCCUACAUCGUUUGCCGCUACAAGUAGCACCUAAUUCAUCUGGCCAGUCAUCUACCGUGUGCGGUGCGACUGCUGCAGAUCCACAAGCUUUCGAGGAGCUCAAGACAAUGCUGCUGCGAAAAUUGAACAAUAGGCUACCCCCGGAGGAAUCAGGCCUUCCAGAAUUUGUGCGGUCUGCGUCGAACGAGGUGGAGCGGAUUCUUGUGCAGUCUGUAAUCCAAAAAGAGAGUCACUCUGCAAUCCUAGUAUCCCCCCGCUCAUGGUAUAAGACUUCGAUCAUCAAUCACCAUCUGGCGCGUCUGCGCCGCCAGCAUGACCAGCAGUUUGUUACUGUGAGGUUGAACGGGCUCAUUCAUACCGAGAAUGCCGCCAUUAAUAGCAUUGCGACUCAACUUGAAAACGAGUUGAGGCGCGUAAGGAAGGAUGUGCCUGCUACUGACUUUCAGCUGAGCCAGGGCUCCCUUACAGAAGUUUUCGAAAAUAUACUUAAACUUCUAAACACUGUUGCUGUGCAGAUGGGUCGCUCAAGCUCGGUGCUUCCGCGUUCUGCGAAGCUGACUGUUAUUUUCAUAUUCGAUGAGAUCGACCAGUUUGCUGGACCUAUACGUCAGACUUUACUAUACAACCUCUUUGACAUGGUUGAACAUGCCCGGGUUCCAGUUUGUAUAGUGGGCUGUACGACAAAACUGAACAUACUCGAGUUUCUGGAAAAGCGGGUUAAGAGUAGAUUCUCUCAACGGCUCAUCUUCGUUCCACAGAUUACUAGCUACCAAAGUUUCUGCAAAGAAGUUAUUCGCAUUCUUUCUAUCGGAAGGCCAGGACCUUAUACACAUGCAUGGGACAAAAAGGUCAAGUCAGAGUUGGAAGAUGAACAAACGGAACUUAGCUGCUUGGUGAAAGGUAACUACGAAACAUUCCGCGAUCUGGCGCUACUGAAGAACGCCUUUGUCUCCAUGGUAGGUGCAGCAGACAGCUUUGAUAGCCUUCUUUGCUCGCUGGUCAACUGCAACACACUCAAGCUCUACAAUAAGCUUCAGUUGUCAAAUAGCCUCGUGAACAGGGUUCGUGCGCUGGGUGAGCUAGAACUCGUCAUUCUUCUUUCUGCCGCUCGCGUGGCCCUCAAAAACGAGGAAAACGUGAACUUCAACCUCAUGUACGAAGAGUACAGUAAACUCGUUAAGGGCCUGAACUCCCGCAUUCCCGCCUCUUCUUCUCUCAGCGACACAGGCAUCUCUAUUGAACAUGCCGUUCGCAUAUGGAACAAGAAAGACAUAAAGAGCAUCUGGGAAACUCUGAUAGAGCUUGAGCUGCUUGUAGAACGUGGCAUUAUUGCUAUCAGGCAGUCAGCCCAGGCGGCCUUUCAGGCUACCAAUCACUACAGCGCUAACAGCGUGAUGCCGUACGAUCUUAAGAUGUUCCAAGUACCAAUUACACUACACGAGCUACGCCGCGUGGUCUCCAAAUCAUCAAUGUUUUACAGCUGGACACAGCUGUAG